AUGCGCCUUCUACAAUGCAACGAUAACGGCGAAUUUACGUUCACAAAGGACCUGAUCGGCGACGACGUUGUCCCUCAGUACGCAAUACUGUCUCAUACCUGGAAGGAUGGCGAAGAAGUCACCUUCGAAGAGUUAAACAAUGGCACUGGAAAGGAAAAACAAGGAUACAAGAAGAUACAGUUCUGUGGAGAACAGGCCAAACGUGACCGCUUACGGCAUUUCUGGGUGGACACAUGCUGCAUCAACAAGUCAAACCAGGUGGAACUUCAGGAAGCCAUCAACUCAAUGUUCCGCUGGUACGAGAGUGCAGUACAAUGCUAUGUCUACCUAUCUGAUGUAUCAACGGGGGAGCGCGAAGUGAACGAUGAACGGAGUGGGAUAGGCUGGGAGCCGGCUUUUCGAGCAAGCAGGUGGUUCACACGUGGCUGGACGCUCCAAGAACUUCUUGCCCCUCGUUCAGUCCAGUUCUACUCCUCAGAGGGCAUCUUUUUAGGUGACAAAUGUGCUUUAGAGCGAGAGAUCUCCGAGAUUACUGAGCUACCCACUUCAGCCAUCCCAGGGACGAACCUUUCGCAGUUCAGUGUCGAGGAGCGCUUCUCGUGGGCGAAGCGACGCCAGACUACACGCAAAGAGGACAAGGCCUAUUCCUUGUUAGGGAUAUUGGGACUGUUCAUGUCCCUGAACUACGGCGAAGGGGAAGAGAACGCAUUCCGACGUCUCCAAAAGAAGAUAAAGUCUACGAGAGAAGAUCAGGAAUGUAUCAAGCACCUGCGGGUGACCGAUCCUCACGAUGACAAGAAGCGAAUUGAGGACACCAAGGGUGGCCUACUAAAGGAUUCAUACCGCUGGGUUUUCUACAAUACCAACUUCCAGCAGUGGCGCGGCGGUCAGCAAGGCCGGCUGCUGUGGAUCAAGGGUGAUCCGGGCAAGGGGAAGACGAUGCUCCUCUGCGGAAUCGCUGAUGAGUUAAGGAAGUCACUGGGAGAGACAGAACUACUAUCCUACUUCUUCUGUCAGGCCACAGAUGCUCGAAUCAACAGCGCUACAGCCGUACUGCGCGGUCUGCUAUACAUGCUUGUCAUCCAGCAGCCUCUGCUCAUCUUGCAUAUACGAAAAAAGCAUGAUGAUGCGGGUAGGGCACUCUUCGAAGACGCUAAUGCGUGGGUCGCUCUGUCUGAGAUCUUCACAAACGUUCUGCACGACCCAAGCUUAGGAGACACGUACAUUAUUAUUGACGCACUUGAUGAAUGUAUAGUAGAUCAGAAAAAACUGCUCGACUUUAUCGUCCAACAAUCCUCUGCAUCUCGCAUCAAGUGGGUCAUCUCCAGUCGCAACUGGCCUGACAUCGAGGAACGGCUGGCGAAAGCUCGCGAGGGGACAAGACUAAGCCUUGAGCUAAAUGCGGAUUCUGUUUCUGCUGCAGUCGACUUCUUUAUCAAAGAGAAAGUGCGUCAGCUAUCGCAAGAUAAGAAUUACGACACCAAGACUGCAGAAGCUGUGCAACAGCACUUAUCUUUGAACGCAAACGGCACGUUCCUAUGGGUAGCGUUAGUGUGUCAGAACCUAAAAGACACUGCAAAGCGGAACGUUGUUAGGAAGCUAAGUGCCUUCCCGCCUGACCUUGGCUCGCUGUACAAGCGCAUGAUGGAGCAGAUAAGCAGCUCAGAUGAUGCCGAUGUUUGCAAGGAGAUCCUAGCCUUGGCUGCGACUGUAUACCGACCUCUCAACCUCGAAGAACUAGUAGCGCUCGUAGAACAGCUUGAAGAGGAAGCAGACGAUCUUUUGGCUGUACAAGACAUUAUCAGCCACUGCGGUUCGUUCCUCACCCUACGGGAAAACACUGUCUACUUUGUGCACCAAUCAGCAAAGGACUUUUUGCUGGACAAGGCAAUGGACGACAUAUUCCCUUGCGGAAGAGAAGAGGUAAACCGUGCAAUUUUCUCUAGAUCGCUCCAAGUAAUGUCUUUCACGCUUCAUCGAGACCUUUACAGUGUACACAACCCGGGAUGCCUCAUUGAUCAGGUCACGCCGCCAGAUCCAGAUCCACUAAGAGCUUCGCGAUACUCAUGCAUCUACUGGAUCGACCAUCUCUGUGACUUAAGCUCUCCCUUCUAUAAAGAAGAAUCAUUUGGCCCACUAGUCAGAGACAGCAUUACCACUUUCGUACGACAGAAGUACCUCUACUGGCUAGAGGCGUUAAGCCUUUGCAAGGCUUUGCCAAGGGGAGUAGUAUCAAUGACUAGACUGGAGGCUGCAAUCAAGGAUAUAGCCGAUACCUCUGAAUUACACCAACUUGUUCAAGAUGCGUGUCGGUUCAUUAUGUACCACAAAGGAGCCAUAGAGAGCGCACCACUGCAAGCAUAUAUGUCUGCACUUGUCUUCAGUCCAACAGGUAGCCUAAUACGGAAUUUAUUUGGGCACGAGGCGCCGAAAGGCAUUGUAGUUCAGCCAAGCAUGACCAAUGACUGGAGCGAUUGCUUGCAGACGCUCGAAGGCCACAGCAACGAUGUCCGAUCGGUGGCCUUCUCUCAUGACGCGACCCAGCUGGCAUCUGCGUCCGUAGACAAGAUGAUCAAGAUUUGGGACGCCAGCAGCGGAGCGUGCCUCCAGACGCUCGAGGGCCACAGCGAUGAGGUUAACUCGGUGGCUUACUCAUAUAACUCGACCCAGCUAGCGUCCGCAUCCAACGACAAGACGGUCAAGAUCUGGGACCUCGGCAGUAGAGCGUGUAUUAAGACGCUUAAGAGACACGGCAACACUGUCCGUUCGGUGGCCUUCUCUCACGACGCGACCCAGCUAGCGUCCGCAUCCGACGACAAUACGGUCAAAAUCUGGGACGCCAGCAGCGGAGCGUGUCUCCAGACGCUCGAGGGACAUAGCCAUCUAGUUAGCUCAGUGGCCUACUCACAUGACUCAACCUACCUUGCGUCAGCUUCCUUUGAUGGAACCAGGCUGGGUGAAGUCAGUGGCUUUCUCCCAUGA